GACGACUGAUCUUCACGUCUUCUCGCGUGUUAUCGUCAGGACUCUGGAUUUAAGUGACACGAUGGCAGAAAGACGGAUCCUGUGACCAAGAGGACACACACACACACACACACACACACACACACACACACACACACACACACGAACAAACCGAAACACAGCACACCAGUGAGAUCAGGAGCCACUGGAUACUCGAUUAGCAGGGUGAAGAUGCCGAUCGACAGGCAGCGGAUGCGUCCGUGGCUCGAGGAGCAGAUAAACAGCGGUAAAAUCCAAGGCCUGAUCUGGGUCAAUAAGGAGGAAAAGAUAUUCCAGAUCCCGUGGAUACACGCCGCCCGGCACGGCUGGGAAUUGGAUAAAGACGCUCCGCUCUUUAUGAACUGGGCCGUUCACACAGGAAAAUACCAUCCUGGAGUGGACAAACCUGACCCGAAGACAUGGAAGGCAAACUUCCGCUGUGCCAUGAACUCCUUGGCGGACAUAGAGGAAGUAAAAGAUAAAAGUAUGAAAAGUGGAAGCAACGCAUUCAGGAUGUAUCGCAUGCUUUCUCCGUCAGAAAGAGCAGUUAAGAAAGCAAAGAAGAAAAAGAUGGAACGGGAUGCGAAAGCGAAAGGCCCCGUACAGAGACGGAAAGCUAAGAACAGCGAGCCGGAGAGAGAGCUGGAGUCGAAGGAAGACACGCUGCCGGACAGCACUGUAGCGUUAACGGAACCGGACCGAAACCCGGAUCUCGGCUCGCCGAGUAAGACCACGCUGAGUUACCUCCCAGACGUCUGCGCUGUUGUGGAGGUCACCACUGAGAACGAGGAGUCAGCAGUCAGCUCCACUCAGAUCCCAUACAGCUUCCAGAUCUCCCCCGUGUCGUGUUACGCCGAGAGCGACACUGAGAACACACACAGUGGGGAAGAGUCCGAGCCUCAGGACCUGUCCAUCGGUUCGAGGCAGUCGUGCUCCUCGGUACUCAGGAUCGCUCCCGGCUCUGCGGACAAAUCGCCGUCGUUCAGCUCAGAAAAGACGAACUUUUGGGUGACGAGCUGCCGAGAGGACUCCCCCAUGAUCAGCUACGAGGCGGAGCCGUGGCGCCCGUUCCUCCCUACCCUCACCUUCGAUUUCAGCACCAGCUCCACGUCUCGUGCCAGCGUCAUCAUGAAAGCCGUGGACCUUUCCUCCAAAAAGACGUAGAACGGCGAUUUCGCUGCCAAACAGCUGCACCGGUGUCGUUUUUUUACUCCACGUGCAUCCCUGGACAGGCGCAGUGAAUACCCCUCCCCCCACCCCCCACCCCCCACCGGUGCUGUAUUCAAUCCCUGGGAGCGUACAAGGUGUACUUUUAUCUGAAUGUAAGGCCAUGCAAAGUUAAAAGCUAGUCGAGUCGCCGACCCGCGAAACGGCAAUAAAGUUAAAGGUGUCGCUGGCUCGCGUUGGCGUUAGCUAGCCAGCAUCCUUUCCGAGCGGUUUAUUUUUUAUCCAAAAAUGUUUCAGUGGCUCGGUGAACUCGGUGAUCCUGAACAAGUCCAUGCAGCGUCUGCGAUCGAUAAGUACCGGCUUUAUAGACCCGUCAGGAUUAGGGCAUUUCAGCUCACUGUUAAUAAUGAUAAAUAAUAAUAACAAGUACCGGCCGUUAACUGCUGAUUAUUUUCCAAAUUUAAUGAAAUAAAAGUAUUAGAAAUUCGCAAUCACUUUUCCUGAUGACAAAUUGAGUCGAGAUGUCGAGUAUAACGGAUUAUCAUCACACGCCUCUUCAACACUAUAAUGUGGGUUUUCUUUUUUUUCUCCGUGUAGGAAAUCCAGCUAGGAUGAUUUUUUUACAUUUUUUAUAUCUAUAUCAGGAUCGAGUUAUUUAAUUUUGCAUGGCCUAAACCAAAGACAUACCUCAACUAACUAGUACAUUUGGAAGAAAAAAAACAAACAAACUUGUAUAGAAUUACCUCAGAGACUCACGGUUCAUUGCACUCAAAGUGAAGUAUUAAUUACAGGAUCAUGGAUCUUACAUACGGCACAAGACUUCAUCAAACCCAGCUUCUUUCAUAACAGCAGGUAGGGAUGCAUCGAUACCGACCCUGCUAUCGGUAGUACUCGUUAAAAAAUGUUCUUACAAACGCUCCGGUACCGUAGUCUGUUAGCAGGCGAUCGUGCUUCGUGACGUAAUCCUACAGGACGUCGUUGUGCUAAUGAACAGACGACAGGAAAUUGUGCAAACUGUUCUGUAUGAACAAAGUCAACAUGAGGAACUGCAACGCAAGACGCCCGGUGAAACGUCCUUGUGUCUGACGAUACCGAUAAAUACUCUAACAUCAUAAACAUAGGAAGCACAAGGAGUUCUUCGCUAACAGAACACGCUAGCAACUACAUACAAUCUUCCUCGAUGUCACCUGAUUGAUUAAUCGUGCUGGUAUCAAUAUCAAUAUGCAUCCCUAGUAGCAAAGUUGUGCUUGCAGUUCUCAGGUAGCGGUAGAGUUAUUCAUAUGAAAGCACAGAUGGUAGAUUAAUGCUAAACACAUGCUAAUGCUAUUGCAAAUGCUAAUGCUAAUAGAUGGCCUGGUGUAAAGCAAAGUUGACAGACUGGGUUUUAACCCAAACUAACGAUGAUGAAAUGAAGCGGGGGAUCUACGAGAGAGCGAAUACAUUACACUACACUACACUACACGCGUCGGCUCACGCGUCCCGCUCACGCGUCCCGCUCGCUUCUGGACCAGACUGAAGGCUUGCGACACGACUGUGCGAGAAAACGAUUGAAUCGUCUGUACACGAUAUUACACUGCUACGACAUCCUGCGGUAAUAAAUGAGACCGCCUGUAGGCUCCGCCCACAGCCGCACGCUCUCGACCGCACUCGCGGUGCGCGCUCGUGUUCUGCAGUUGCUUAAAUGGAGAAUAUUUUGUGCUCGUUAAAUGUGACGUGAUAUUUAUCUAACAGUGUUCUUUCGACUCCGUAUCAUUACACACGCGCACCAUUAGCAUCAGUUAAAUAUAUUUAUUACAGAAAAUUAUGCAAAUAAUUUUACAAAUAAUAAUAAUAAUAAUGAUGAUAAGGAUGAGAUUAAAUACACGGUUUCUCCUCUCUUUAAACUGGAAAUGGUGUAAAUGCUUGCUGUCCUGUCUGUCUGCCUGUCUGUCUGCCUGUCUGUCUGUCUGUCUGCCUGUCUGUCUGUCUGUCUGCCUGUCUGUCUGUCUGUCUGCCUGCCUGUCUGCCUGCCUGUCUGCCUGUCUGCCUUUUUCGGACCGCGAACACUGAGAUGCGAUUUCAGAUCCUCAGACUGAUCCUACAGACUACGCACGUGACCCAACACGUCGUCAGUUCCCCAAUCGCAGUUUUACUUCCUACUUGUAGGGGUGGGGCCACGUGACAUAAAUAUCCACCGUACUUGAAGAUAUUUUUAUAAUAAACAUUAUGUAUCACGAGAUAUAAGUUUGCUAGCGUUCAGCGAUACAGUAGCGCUGCAUUUUCUUUCAAACAAAAAAACAAACAAACAAAAAAAAAAAAAAACGAUAUAAUAUCUACAAAAAUAAAAAAAAUUUACUUUAAACUGAAACUCCUAGUCAUUUAAAAAAACUGAAUUAAAAGUAAUAAAAAGGUUCAGAGGAGAAUUUUUAUGUCAACUCGGCUGCUUCCAGAGUUUGUAAUCGCUAUUUUUACCAAAAAAAAAAAAAAAAGAAUAAAAAAUUUAGAAAUAGAUCUCACAAUGCGUUCAACGAUGGUUUCUCAUCAGAGCAAAAAAAAAACCAAACGCACGCCUACAAGUAAGAACAUUAGCAGUCGCUAUACGCACAUCUAGCGUGAGCGUCGGUUCCGGACGAUUAUAUCGUUUGCUGGGAUGUUUUUCUUGUUUACGUGGUACGACAGGGAAGCCUUGCUUGGGAGAUGUAAAAUGUUUUGCACCGGGUCACCUGACCGUCACAUCACACACCUUCGACUGCUCAUUACUUUAUUACAGUAGAGGACUAAUCUCUUAACACUCGGCGAAGCAGACGUAUCCGUGUGAUCGCUGUAGCUCUCGAGUUCUCAUGUAGUACACGGUUAGGUGUUUUUCCCGCGCACACACACACACUCGGCGUUGCCGUGAAUCCGGUGUGUGGCGCUGAGAGACACUAAACUGUCGUGCAGAAAUGUUCAGUAGUGCGAAUCUUUUGAAGCCUUCUGCGAUUUUUGCAUUCGCAAGGUUUAUAAAUGACUAGAUUUGUACAUUAGGGUUUGUAAUUGUGGGUGUUUUUAGAUAUUUUUGAAGGUUUGGGAGAAUGAUUUCAUAAACAAAAUGAAAUAUGAAUCAAUAAAAAAACCCCUUCAAUAAUGUA